AUGUCACAAAAUAUCCCCAAGGCGUUCUUUUCCGGUACUCGCUCUAGCUUUGCCUUGAUAGAUCCCUCCACAGAGCGAUAUCAUCGAGUACUUGACCGGCAUGGAGCAUUUAGAAGCGGACUUAAAAUGCACGUGGUGAUAUCCUACGUCUGGAGCGAAUGGAAGGAUGACCCUUCUGACAAGCUGCCUGACUGGACCCAACUUCGUGAACGGCUCCUGGCUGUUGUCGGACCUAGAACACCUCCGGCUCUCCGACGUCAGACAUGGAAUGCCUCAUGCUGCUGGUUGGAUAGCAAAUGCAUCAAUCAGGACUCGGAGGUCGACAAGAUGUACUGGAUUCCUAGGAUGGACGAGGUUUACCACGAGGCAGAGUGCACGGUUCUCCUGCUGCGAGGCUUCAAUCUCACGGUCCUCAUGGAAGUUGCGCAGGAGAUGAGAUGCGAAUUUGAGGGAAAGGUUCCGUUCGCUGAAAGAAUGUUGGCACCUCAUUCCUGCGUGCUUACCCAGAGCUGCACGAUUUUGCCAGCCUUGACUGAAGAACGUGAAAAUGACUGCCUCCGGGUAUUGAGAUCCUUUGCAUCUGGAAUUUGGAGAAGACGAGCUUGGAUUUUCCAAGAGAUUCUUCUGUCGAGGAAUUACCUUGUUAGCUGGUCGCAGUCCGGUUGGACCAGCCUUGCCAACAUUGGAGUGAUUGCCAGCAUCCUUUUCCGGCGCCAGCCAAAGGAGACAUGGCUGGACGAAUUUGCAAGCUGGUGUAGGCGACUGGAAUAUCUUCGUCAAUACUAUAGCAACCACCAAUUCUCUGACCUUUCGGAUGCCAACGUUUUGCAGAUGUCCAGUGAGCUAGAAGCUACGGUUCCCUGCGAUAAAUAUUACGCCCUCUGUGGUGUUUUAAGAUUAAAGCGUGUACAGUACAAUUCAACACACACUGCUGAUAGGGCAUUGCACGCCAUUAUAGACGCUUUGACACAAUGCGGCAGAUUGUCAUGGCUCUAUGCAAUUCCUCCAUCUGUUCAAGGUACCGGGAUAAGACUUAUGAGCAAUAAAAUGGCUCCCUUCGUCCUUACUAGACUAGAUGGAGGAAAAUUAAUGGCUAAGCCGCGAAGCAUUUCCAUCAGUAAGUGCAUUCGCGGCUUCGACGCGACCCAACUCGGCGUAGUUACCUAUGUUCAGCCACUGCAUCGUGUUCUUCGAGAGGUUAAAGACCUGCUCGAAAAGAAGAAGUUUAAUUUCGAUGAUAUACUUAAUCAUUCGUCCCCGAGUGAAGUAGAAAGUCUCAAAUACAUCCCUUGGCUGCUCCGCCGGACCGCUCUCGAAAUUGUCGCACCAUUACUCCUAGAACCCGCCUUUGGAAACAUAUGUACUGUGCUUUCAAUACCUGCCACACUCAAGACAUCGAUAAAGAUGUGGAUCUUUAUCAUUCUUCUUUCCUUCCGCGAUCUGGAGGAGUAUUUCCGGGAGAACCUAACAGCUGAACACGAACCCACUACUGUCUCUGUUGUUACUUCUUCCGCAUUCUCGAUACGAACCCAUCUCGAGAGAAUGCAGGAGAGUUUCGCUCUCGUGAUAUGGGAGGAGGUUGAUGAGGAAGAGUGUAGAACAUCGCCACUACGGCGCAUCGCUGGACUUGGCUUUCCUGAGGUACAGAGAGGAAGCAAGAUAUACUCGCUAGAGGCAGACAAGAACCUGUUACUUGCAGCAAAUCCAAAUCGUGAUAACCAAGAGGCGGGCUGCGCGGCAUUCCAGGGUAUGAUCUUCCAGCUUGAACUGGGGGAGGUAAUCGGUCCUGUUCCGUCUAGUCUAUUUGGAGGAUCUUGGAGGCCGUCAAGAAGUGGGAGGAGGACCCAUCUUACCUUCGAGCUACGUGAUUUAGAGGAGGAUAGCUAA